UGCCGUCUCCACAGCCAUCCAACUGCACCGUCAACUCCAUCAGGUUCUCUCUCAGGUGACCUUCAGGCGCUGUUGGGAAUUUGAACACAUCGUUAUGGGAACGCGAAACGACGCGGUUCACCGGGUGCCUACGACUCCGAUGGCCGCUGCCACAAAGCAGAUUAAAAAAAAUAUAAGUUUACACUGACGAACUUAUCUGUCCUCAUUGGGUCUGUUAUCGCGUCGACUGCAGUCACGUUGGACCAGCAAAAAGAUAAAUGUAGAGAGAUGUUUUUACACGACCAUAAGCCCGAUCGACAGUCGCUGAAGGGGUUAAAAAGUUUGGCGACUAAACAACGGGGCAAAUAAAAGGUGCGCAGCUCAACAAAAACAUGUUAGUAAGAUAAUGCAAUGUGCUUAACGCGAGCACGCACACGACGCGUUUGAUAAAUGGCACACCACGCAAACAGUUGUUGGUCCUACUCGAACUGGGUCCACAAACCGGAUCCACGAAAGCGGGUAUUUCCGGGCAACACGUGAACGCAGCAGUGCCCGGCGAACACUCGCAGAGGCGAUGUGCCGCAGACGCUGCAUUGCUCUCGGUGUGCAGGAAACAAACAAUGCGUAGGAAGAGGGAAGCUGACUCUCCCCAGUAGGCACCGACUGAUCAAUGGCCGCCCGGUGGCGAGACUGUCCUCCCGAUCACCCGGAAAGCCCCACCGGGGGCCCGAGCGCGACGGCGAUGACCCACCGCCGGGAGCCGCUCGGAGAGACGCGGGGCGCGCAGGAGCCGCCGCUGCGGGAGCUGCCGCGCUGGAUGCGGCUGUACUUCUACGCGAUGCACGGCCUCGCUCUGGACGUGGUGCUCUCGUCUGCGCAGGGGUUUAUCAACCGCCGAGACCCCAAGCUGGUGGGCUUCUCCUCCCCGUAUCUCUGCGUCGUGCAUUCUCUGACCCACUUCGCGCUGGAGAAGAUCUACUCUCAGAAGAGGUGCUUCCGAGGCCGGUCCGUGGCGUUUCAUCUGGUCUUCUACCCGUCCGUCUACAUCGGGCUGCAGAUCCUCAUCGGCAACAUCAGCACCUUGGCCGAGCAGGUGAGGGUGGUGUCCGCCACGCAGCUGGCGGUGCACUACGUCCUGGCUCUGUAUUUCUCCCUGGUGUUCCACAGGGGAAUGUCGACGCUGCGUUACCACCCCUCCUGCACCCCCAAGCCCACCGGUGAACUCGGCGCGCGGGGCAGAGGUCACGACGGGGGCGCCCCGCGCGGUCUCCCGGGCUUCGUGCGCUUCCUGUUCUACGGGAUGCAGGGCCUCCUGGACGAGGUGAUCUUCACCUCCGUUUGCAACCUGGUGGAGAAGUCGGACCGCAGCCUGAGCGGCUACACGUCCCCGUGGUCGUUUCUGAUGUACGGCACCUGCAGCUCCGCGGUGGAGAAGCUUUACUUCCACCUGCGCUACGGCAGAGGCUGGGGGACGCUGCGGCGGCUCCCCGUCUACAUCGGCUUCAUCUACACCUGGGAGUUCUCCUGGGGUCUGUUCCUGAGGCAGUUCGGCGCCUGCUCGUGGGACUACUCCCACUAUCCGCACAACUUCAUGGGACUCGUCACGCUGCUGUACCUGCCCGGCUGGGCCUGCCUCAGCUUGUAUCAGGACGUGCUGUCCAACGUGCUGCUGAGGGUCAGGUGCAUCGAGGUCAUCGAGGUGGAGGAGAACGGGGAGGUCAACGGAGCGGUGGAGUCCAAGAGGAAAAAACAAGCUUGAUGGUCACGCCGGUGGUCCCGACUUCUAGGGGGACAAACGGGGAUUGUCUUAUUCCAAUUAAUACAUUAAACAGAUUGGACUGUUUUAACAGGAAAAGAUGUUGAUGUUAUUAAAGAAGUGAAAGAAGGUAUUUAUUCAAGAUACUUUGACUCUUUGGACAGUUGCGAAGCAAUUUGUUGACACCAACGUUGAAUGGGUUUUCUGUAAGUUUAGAGUUGUGUUACUUUGUUCUAGACACGUAUUGCCCACAUGCAGAGGUGACGGUUCAACUUUGCAAGGC